UGAAAAGGGAAAACAAUGAUAGCAUAAGCACUAGUGACGUUUACGAAUGAGUACCACUGAAAUUGGAGAACAUCUUGGAAUAAGAGUAUACUCGAAUAAUAUUCAUUCUAGUACCAUGGCAUCGGUCCUCUCUAUCGGUGUCUCUAAAAUCACUCCAGCCGCCUUUUUACCUCGGUUAUGUAAGAUACCAAAAAAUCACAAUGCGAUACAAGUAGCUUUUAUGAAAAGAUUAGCGCUAUGCGAUCCUGUUCGUAAGCCUGCCCCAUUUAAAUAUUGGGAAAAAUUGUAUUCUGCAUUUCAAAUGGCAAAGACUUCAAUUGUAAUGAGGUAUGAUGAAAAUACCAGAAUAAUAGUUGUGGAUGGUCCUCCAGCAGUUGGGAAGUCCAAACUCUGUGAAAAAUUGGCAGAAGAAUUUGGAAUGAUGUACAUGCCACCACCAGGGCACGACGAGCUUUACAUAAAUCCUUAUGGGUAUGACUUGCGUGAAAUGGAUUCAAAGUUACCGCUUCAUGCUCAGAGUUAUGAUCUAGAAAGAUUUUUAGCAAAACCAAAUGAUGUAAGAGUACCAUUCUUUCAAUUAAUGUAUUAUCUAAUGAGAUUCGAGCAAUAUGCAAAUGCAAUACUCCAUGUACUAUCAACUGGUCAAGGAGUAGUGCUUAAUAGAUGUGCUUACUCAGAUAUUGCAUUUACGGAAGCUAUGCUAAAAUCUGGUUAUAUCAGUAAAGAAGCAAUGUCACAGUACAUGUUUAUGAAAAACAAAGGAUGCAAAAAACUCUUUAGGCCACAUUUGGUAAUAUAUUUAGAUGUACCUCCGGAGCUUGUUAAGGAGAAGAUUAAGAAAAGAGGUAAUCCUCAUGAAGUAAAUUCCAAAGUCUUUACAACGAAAUUUUUAUCGGAUUUAGAAAAUGCGUACAAAGAAAAAUAUUUAAAAACAUUAAAAGAACAUUCGCAAUUAUUAAUUUACGAUUGGUCCAAAGAGGGCAAUUUUAAUGAUGUUAUUCACGACGUAGAAGAAGUUGAUCUAGAUACUUUUAAAAAACCAAGAUUAGCAGAUUGGAUAUUUGGUUCUGUAGCUGAAAUAUAUGACGCGAUACAAAUAUUUCAAGAAAAAGUUCCAAUCGUAUUGGACAUGUAUAACAAUAUGGAAGUUCCACCUCGUGAGUUGUAUUGGACAGCUGAAGAGUUUGAUCUAAUAGAGUCAACAAUGAAUAGUAUUCCCACUGAAAAAUAUGACUAUGGAUUUUUUCCAAAGAUUGAUAAAAAUCUUUGGUUCAAAUAUGACCAACCAGAACUUCAUCCAUUUCGUCGAACUCCUCGUGAUUUUGUAAAUCUUAAUAAAAGUAUGUAGUAAAAGAUAAUAAUAAUCUAACGUAAUUCUAGAGUUUGAGAAAUAAUGUUUUCCUGUAAUAAACAAAAGAAUUACAAGCAGCAUUAUAGGAACGUAACCUUAACUUUAGCGAGUUUCGUUCUACCACCCUUUUGUCAAUUUUAAUAUUCUUUAUAAUUUAUUUCAUACUUACACUUGUAAUAUAUUUUCAAAUGUAUAUAAUAAAUCCGUUUAUGAGAUAUGAUA